GGCGCUCGCUCGGCCGCGGCCUUCUCUCUCUCUCCACCCCUUUCUCUUCUCUCUCUCGCUCGCUCGCUCGCUCGGCCGCCUUCUCUCCAAGCGGCGACGACAGGGGAGUAGCGCCGCCCUUGCCAGUUCUUCGUCGGGCGCUUCACCGGCCGACAAGGCAGGCAGGCAGGCAGGUGGCAGGACAUGCUUCGGGUUUCACCUUGUACUUUCAAGGCAGGACUGGUGGUGAUUUUAUAGAGCAGCAGCCUUGUCUUGUACACUGAACAUGUGGACCAACAUUUUCAAAAUAGGGGAGCUCCAAACAGUUUCAUGGUUUCAGUUUCUUCCUAUUGAACCGGAUGCAAGUACAACUAAAGAGAGAAGUUCAAAGGCUGAGCAGAAAGAUGCUCUUAAUAACAUUGUGCUGUCGGCAUAUCUUCACUUACAAAGUGAAGGUUUCCUAAGUACCUGGACGAAUUCCUUUGUUGGUCCAUGGGAUCCAUCUCAAGGAGAGCAUAACCCUGAUGAGAAGAUCAAGCUCUGGUUGUUUCUUCCUGGCCGCCACUCAUCGGUAUCUGAAAUGGCCCAAACUGCUGUAAACAAACUAAGAGUUGCGUCAAAUGGUUUAUGGGUAGCCCCAGGCAACUCAGAAGAGGUAGCUGCUGCACUGUCUCAGGCCUUAAGAAAUUCUUUAGAAAGAUCACUAAGAGGGCUUUCGUAUGCAAGAUUUGGCGAUGUUUUUACAAAAUACAACCCCCCUACAAGAAAUCAAAACAGCUUUAGGCGAGCGCAGCCUACAGUAGAGUUUGUCUUUGCUGCCACCGAGGAAGCAAUAUUUGUGCACGUGGUAAUAUCUGCUAGGUACAUGCGGAACCUUUGUAGUGAUGACAUAGAGAAAGUUCUCACUCAUUCUCCUCGCUCUGUUGGUGAAGGUCUUCCAGUUAUUGUUGCUCCUAGUGGAAUGCUGGGUAGGCUUGUCGGCUGUUGUCCGAGUGAUCUUGUGAGACAAGUAUAUCCAAGCAAAUCCUCGGCAGCUAGUUUGCCAGGUUUUACUCAACCUACCGUAUGUCAGCUGAGAGGCCAAAGUUACUAUGUUGAAGUUGCACUUGGCUUUCCCGCUGCUUCAGGUGACAAAGUUUCUGAAUCAGAACAUAUUCAGAUUAAAAAAGAAAUGGAUUCAGCGAAGGACUCUCAGUUGGGUGCUGAUGGACAGCGAAAGGUAGAAUCACCUGAUAGCCUUCCAGUUCUUGAGAGGACAUUCAUUUACCCACCUGAGGCUGUUUUGGUACCUAUGGUCCAUCAAGCAUUUGUUCGUUUUUCUAGCAAAAGAAUGUGUUUACAAGGCUUGCUGGGAGGUUCAUUAUGGGAGGCAUGGCCAUUCUGGAAUUUUUCUCCAUCUUCUUACUUUCAGAACAGCUCUUUCCUAGGAUCUUCUCGUGGACUUGGAGUGAAUUCUAAUUUUCUGAGACUAAGAAGAAAAAAGAACAAGUGCAACGGCACAGCUAGUAGUAUUAGUAGUGUGAGUAGCACUUCUGAUGGAAGUGAACGCGCAGUUGCUACUGAAGGCGAUCUUUUAGCUGAUGCUGACUCUAUGGCAUGCCGUCAGUCUGAUAUGCCUUCCAACAAUGAUAAUGCCGGUAGCAAGAUGGUAUCCAAGCGUCCCCGUUCUGAAAUAACGGAAGUUUCUUCUCAUGCUGGCAAAGAUGUAAGUGAAAAUGUACGAGGUGCAAAUGGUCAAGUUGGGCGCCCUUGGGGCUGGGAUGAUGAGGGUGUUGUGAUGGACAUCAAUAUACUUCUCUCAGAGUUUGGAGAUUUUAGUGACUUCUUUCAAGAAGAGGAGUUAGAUUUUGGUGAGCCUCCAGGUACUGCCGAAUCACAUGCUCUAGUGAUUCCUGCUUCCGACUUUGGAGAUGUCACAUUCACAGAUAGUCCAUCCACAGCAAUGGAUAUCCCUGAACAAAGACUUUCUCCUGUUGGUUUCACAUCUAUGGAGGCAUUUGACCACCAAAUUAUGGCCCCUGCUCAGGAUGCUGUUUCUAAAGUUCAAGAACCUCAGAAAGAUAUUGCAACACCUGCACAGUCCCAGUCAUUAGUUUUAUCGUCUGGAAGAUUUGAUUAUCUUACCAAGGCUGAAGCAAUGCUCACAUUUGCUCCAGAAUAUGCAGCUGUUGAAGUUUCUGUUGCUGAGAUGCCAACAUCUUUGUUUACAAAUCCGUACUUGCCCAGAUCAAAGAAACCAGGCAGUUCUAGUUUUAGUUCAAGAGUUUAUUCAUAUGAUGUUACACAAAGUUCUCAAAUCGAGCCCGCAGGAGACAAGCCUGAGAAGCCUUCUAAACUAACAUCUGGUAAUCCUUUACGUGAUGUUGAUUCAUCAAACUUAUACACACUUGUCCAAGGUAGGAAGAAAGAGAGUGAGAAGAGCUUAAACAGUACCGACAUGCAGCCAAGUAAGGGAGAAAAAUCACCACCUAUUUCUGGUGUGACUUCAUUUAGUUCUUCUCUUGUUUCACAAAAGAAGAGUGACAGCAUGUUUAAUGCCGGGUAUCUUCUGCUAUCUAUGAAGACUGCUCUUGCAACUGAAAUUGAAUGCAUCACCUUCCAGGCUGCCUUGUGCAGAAUUAGGCAUACCCUAUUGUCUUUGAGAAGCAAGGCGUCUGCUGAGUUUAACAGCACAAUGUCUAGUUUUAUGCAGACAGAUGUCAGCAAUAAAUCAGACCUCACCCCCAAGUAUGACAUAAGAAAGAAAGAAAUGAUGCCCAUAAGGUUGUCCAGUGAUGUUGAGCAUGAAACUCAUGACAGAUCCUUGAUGGAAAGUGUGGGAAUUUGGAGGCCCAUUGUUACUCCUAAAGGGUCAAACUCCCUUGAGCCUUUGUCUGCUAAAACAUUAACUGGUGCAAGCCCAAGUCUGUCUAUGCAAAGGCAGCCUGUUGUGGAUCUUCUCUUUGCCAUGGCACUGCUCGUUCAACAAUCUACUUCAUUUGUUGAUAUUUCACUUGAUAUGGAUGAUGGGGAUGGUUCUUUUUUCUGGCUUUCCCUGGAUGAGCAAAAGAGACGUGGGUUUUCUUGUGAUCCUUCAAUGGUUCAUGCUGGCUGUGGUGGUCUAUUAGGAACAUGCCAUUCGAAGGAUUGUGCUGGUGUUGAUUUAGUUGAUCCACUUUGUGCUGAGGUUUCAGAGUCAUCCAUGUUUAGCUUGUUGCAGUCAGAUAUAAGGACAGCUCUCAAAGCUGCCUUUGUAAACAUGGAUGGCCCAUUAUCAGUGACUGAUUGGUGCAGGGGUCGAAGCAAUCCAGCUGAGUCAGCAUCUUCGGGAGAUGCAUACUCUUUUCAGUACUCCACUGGUGAUAUCCGGGAGCCGUCAAGCACUAUGUCCAUUGGUGGAGAUUCAAUGAGCCCACCUCAGCCGACCAGUAGCAACCGAGGCACUUCAGAGCUGGAGCACCAAAAGGGAUAUCACCGUGUUAGACCAACCAUUGCUGUCCUCCCUUCACCUUCUGUGCUUGUCGGUUACCAGGAUGAUUGGUUGAAAGCCUCGGUGAAUGGUCUUAAGACUUGGGAGAAAGCUCCUUUUGAACCUUAUGCCUCGCCCAAGCCUGUUACUUACUAUGCACUUUGCCCCGACAUUGAUAUGCUUACUUCAGCAGCCACUGAUUUUUUCUUGCAGCUUGGAACAGUUUAUGAAGUUUGCAAACUGGGAACUCAUUCACCACAAAACAGUGGAGGACAAAUGGAACUGUCUCCUGGAAAAUAUUUGCCUUCAGGACUUGUUCUAGUUGAGUGUCCUGAUCAGUUGAAGAAGGUUGGCAACAACUACUUAAGUCCCAUCAGUUCGAUAAGUGACUAUCUUCAAGCUUUUUCGAAACAUUGGAGUGUGAAAAGCUUUGUAACAUCUGUGUCGAGGAUACUCAGGGAUAUAAAACUCACUUCAAGCAUCUCUACAAAUCAAAAAGAGAGCAGUAGUGGACCUUGCACUGUAAUUUAUGUGGUCUGCCCAUUUCCAGAUCCCUGUGCAAUUCUACAGACACUAGUUGAAUCUUCUGUUGCUCUUGGAUAUGUUAUUUUAUCCCCAGAGAGGGAAAGGAAAUCACUGUAUUUCCAGGUUGCCAAAGCACAAAACAGCAGUGCUUCUGCAGACGAAGCAUCGGCAUCAAAUGUUGUAAUGCUCUCUGGGUUCAGUAUACCUAAGCUCGUCUUGCAGAUUGUUACUAUUGAAACCGUACUGAGAAUUGAUAAGCCAAGCAAUGAGCUUGCUGUUUUGAAGGACAUAGCAUUCACAGUGUACAACAAGGCGCGACGAAUCCCACGAGCUGUUUCCACAAACGACAUGUUUCAGUCACCUACUUAUUUGGGUAGAUCUCAGUCUACAAUGAUGCAUGUUACAUCGCCUGCUCCUACACUUUGGAAAGAAUGUUUAGUUCCUCGGAUGUCUGGACCAACUCUCUCUCGAGAGACAGAUUAUGACGCACCCAUGAGGUCGGCAACAUGGGAUAACUCAUGGCAGCCUGCUCGUGCUGGAGGACUGCUGGACCCAAGUAAGAUCCCAGAUUUAUUUGCUCAAGAUGAUAGGAAGUAUGCUUUUGAGCCUCUUUUCAUACUAGCAGACCCUGGGUCCGUUGAUCCUAAUGCUUCAAUGGAAUCGUCAAAAUCUGGAUCAGAUGCUGGUGGCAGCGGGGUUUAUGGAUCAAUCUCAGGAAGCACCUCUGAUAGUAGUGUGAGCCCUCUACUCGAUGGAUCUGAGAGUGACAGAGCAGCAAGUCUCCAUUGCUGCUAUGGUUGGACUGAGGACUGGCGAUGGUUAGUAUGCAUCUGGACAGAUUCUAGAGGAGAGUUAUUGGAUAGCCUAAUAUUUCCUUUUGGUGGUAUUAGUAGCCGCCAAGACACUAAAGUUCUCCAAAGUCUUUUCAUUCAAAUUCUGCAGCAGGGUUGUCAAAUAAUGUCAUCUUCACCUGAGGCUAGCAAUAUGCGACCAAGAGAUGUCAUAAUAACUCGUACUGGAGGUUUUCUUGAACUUGAAAUUCAAGAAUGGCAAAAGGCAAUAUAUUCUUUUGGUGGUAAUGAAGUCAAGAAGUGGCCUGUGCAGUUACGGCGAUCCAUACCUGAGGGUAUUCCAUCUAAUUCUAAUGGUCCUACACUCCAGCAGCAAGACAUGGCAUUGAUUCAAGAUAGAAACAUGCCUUCCUCACCAAAUCCUUUGUAUAGUCCUCAUUCAAAAGCAAGUUACAUGAAAGGUGGACUUGGACAAUCAGGCAACAAAAAGCAGAUCCUAGUGGAACAAACUGGGAUGGACAGUUCAAGGGGUUCACUGCACUUAGUUCGGAGCAUCAGUUUGGUUGCAGUUUCCCAAGAUCAUUCAUUGCAUCUCACAUGUCAAGCAGAUCUGUUGACCCGGCCUGCUUCUGGUGAAGGCAAUCAAGGUGGCAGUGGUCCUUCAAGUUACUUGGAAGGCUUUACUCCAGUGAAGUCCAUUGGGUCGAUGCCAGCAUCACAUUCAUAUCUCCUAGUUCCUUCUCCAAGUAUGAGAUACCUUUCUCCGGCAACAUUACAGCUCCCAACAUGCCUGACAUCAGAAUCUCCACCGCUUGCCCAUCUACUGCACAGCAAAGGGACUGCAAUUCCCUUGGCAAUGGGCUACGUCAUCUCCAAAGCCGUCCCACCCAUAAGAAGGGACUCUGCACAGGUUACCAGGGAGGAUCGGACCUCUGUUCUCUCGGUUAGCAUCAUUGAUCACUAUGGGGGCAGCAUUGGCACAGUUCAAGAAAAGAUGAGUAGAGGCCCUGGUGGCAGCAACAUGAGCAAGCAGGCAAGGAACUUCACUCAGGAGACAUCGACUAGAGACUAUGAGAUGGAGAUGCAUAAUGUGCUGGAAACCGUGGCCGCCGAGCUUCACUCCCUUUCCUGGUUGACAGCAAGCCCGGUCUACACGGAAAGGCGCACCGCUCUGCCCUUCCACUGUGACAUGGUCCUAAGGUUGAGGCGGCUUCUGCACUAUGCUGACCGGCAUCUAACUCAACCAGCAGAGAAGGGAGAGACGGCUUAGAGGGGUGCUAAUUGGGGGUGUAGAUGUCACACAGGAAAAUUAGGGCUAGAUGGUGCUCAAAUCCAAGUGUCUGCGUGUAUGUAUCUAGGUAGGUAGGUGAGGGCACAUCGACGAGCUCUCUAGCCCGAUUUUGCGUUGAUAGUGGGUGAUAACUCUAAUUUGUUGGGUUGAGGAUGUAAUUAAGUGCGCGGAACAGGCUGAUACCUCUCCCUUGAUUAAAUGUAAUAUUGUUGUAACAUUUUUGCUUUGUUUGAUAGAUUGCGCCCUUGGUAUGCGGAGCUAUUAGUUUGUAAA